GGAAUUUUUCACUUCCCCAAAUUCUUUCCCAUUGGCGUCAGUCUGCACCAGCCAACACCAAUUGGCUUCUUUGCACUGAUUGCGCGACACCUUGGGUAUCGGGAUUUGCCCUUUUCUGGUCAGAGGACACUGUCGUUCUCACAGCUGAUCAGGAAAUGGCGUCUCGCUGCCUCGCAACGCCGCUCCGGCUUCGGCCGCAACUGGCCGCAGCGGUGACCGCAACCUCGUCCGCCCCGGCCUUGCAACGCUGGAGCUCGAGCAGCAAGUCGACUGCCGCCAUGGCCUACAAAUCUAUUCGCCGCCGCUCUGCGCCUCUUCCCGUCGACAAGUCGCCUGCCUGGUCCGCCCAGGCGGCUGUGUCCAACAUCCUUUACGAGACCCCGUCCCCGUCAAUGCAGCCUCCCAAGCGUCACAUUCUGAACUGCCUUGUCCAGAACGAACCCGGUGUUCUGUCUCGUGUCUCUGGAAUUCUCGCGGCCCGUGGGUUCAACAUCGAUUCACUCGUUGUUUGCAACACCGAGGUCGAGGAUCUUUCUCGGAUGACGAUCGUUCUGACUGGCCAGGAUGGCGUCGUCGAGCAGGCACGCCGCCAGCUCGAGGAUCUGGUUCCUGUAUGGGCCGUCCUUAACUACACCAACGCAGCACUUGUGCAACGAGAGCUUCUCCUUGCCAAAAUAAACAUCCUCGGCCCCGAAUACUUUGAGGAGCUGCUCGCACACCACCGUGAGAUCACAGCGAGCGAUGCAGACCCGGCUUCCGCCGAGGGGCUCGAGCAGACUCUGGAAGAGACCGCUAAGGACUUCCAUCCGAGCAAGCUUGCCCUCAGCGAGGCGCUUCGCCAUAAGCACGAGCACUUGAAAACUAUCACCUAUUUCGCACACCAGUUCGGCGGCAAGGUUCUCGAUAUUAGCACAAACAGCUGCAUUGUGGAGAUAUCCGCCAAACAAUCGAGAAUCGACUCUUUCCUGAAACUUGUUGGCCCCUUCGGCAUCCUGGAAUCGGCCCGGACUGGUCUGAUGGCCCUGCCCCGAUCUCCGCUGCAGAGCGAACAGGAUGAGCCCCUCCUUAAGGAAGCCGAUGAGAUUGUCGACGCUAGCCAGCUUCCUCCCGGUUAACAAGCCGCUAUUGUACAUGAACCAAAGAAGGCUACGCGGCGUUUGUCGGAGGUGUUUACUAUCACUAGGCUGUAUUAUGAAACAAACUUUCCGUUUCAACUUAGUUCUCCUUGCUCGCCUGGUGAUGACAAGCGUGAUAUUUUUAUCGGGCCAAUUCUAAACUUC